UCUACAAUCUUCACCAAACUCAAUCCAUGGCUGCCUCAUCCUCUCUCUGCAACUUCCUCUCCUUCCUCACACCCUCAAAGCCCCCUUCCCAGACCAAACCCCCACCUCCCCAUCUCCAUCUCUCCCAAACCCACAAGGCCCGUGACUCUUUCGUCCCUCUUGUUGCCCAACCCGGUCCCUCUUUCUCUUCUUCUUCUUCGGAGUUGGAGUCAGUCAUGAACCCCUCUCUGGCCUAUGCCAACACUCUCUUCUUCAACUCGGCUUACAAUGUUCAAGUCAUCGUCGACGAGGGCGAGUCCGAGGAGCGGCUGCUCAACCGGUUCCGGCGAGAGGUCAUGAGAGCUGGCGUCAUCCAGGAAGUUAAGAGGAGGAGGUACUUCGAGAACACCCAGGAUGAGAAGAAGCGCAGAACUCGCGAUGCUGCUAAGCGCAACAAAAGAAGGCGUACCUUUUCGAGGCCUCCGCUUAUGCAGACCAGGCAGGGGCAGGACGUCCCUGUAGCCAAGAAGAGUGAUGACGACGAAGAUAACUGGGAUAUGCCUGAGGGUGACAUACCCUAUUGAGCCACAUUAUACCUUUUGUUGGUAAUUGGUAUAUUUGUCGCGUUGAUUUAGAGAGGCUUUUGGUUCAUGUAAGUUGCACAAAUUUGAUUCAGUUACUCUUUCGGUUCGCUCUGUGCAUACUGCAUUUUAUGAGUUUCUAAUGUUUGCAUCAGUAUUGAGUGUAUUUUGUGCUAAA